UCCAAGCUGGCGGGGGAAGAGAACGAGUAAAAUUUAUAUCAGAAAUUGCGUCGUCAAUAAAACAGGUGUUCUGAAUUUAAAUAUUUACAUCUUAGAUUUUGUCUCUUGUCGAAUUGAAAUUAUUGAAUCUCAACUUAAAAAAAUGCCUCGCAUUUCGAAACCGAAAGGGCGCAUGACUCCGUAUGCCUGCUUCGUUCGCCGGUGCCGGGAUGAACAUUACAAUAAAUUUCCCAAUGUGGGUUUCGUCUUCACCGAAUUCUCUCGACAGUGUGCAGAACGUUGGAAGGCUAUGUCCGAGCAAGAGAAGAAAGUAUUUUGCGACAUGGCUGAGAAUGACAAGACCCGGUACGAGGCGGAAAUGCGGGUCUACAAGGCGGCUGGAGGAAAAUAUCAAGGGGGCAAGAAAGGUGCUAAGAAAAUUCGUCCCAGGUCAAAGAAAAGUACCGGAACCGGAGCACCGAAGCGAUCUCUCACCGCCUUCUUCUGGUUUUGCCAAGAUGAACGGGCCAAGGUUAAAGGGAGGAAUCCGGAGUACGGAAUGGGCGAAAUUUCUAAAGAAUUGGGCCGAUUGUGGGGUCUUGCCAGCCCAGAGGUGAAGCAACAAUAUGAAGUUGUGUCACAACGGGAUAGAGUUCGGUAUCAUUUAGAAAUGGCGGAGUACAAGAAAACACAAAUGGUCCUGACGCAGACGGCUAUAGCAGCAAUUUUGGCAGCUGCGGAACCAGAGGUGGAAGAAGGCAAAGAAAGUGACGAAAUGGAGUCAGAGGUUGAAGAAAACAAGGAGAAUGACAAAAUGGAAUCAGCGAUCGAAGAAAACAAGGAGAAUGACGAAAUAAUUGGCGAGUAAGGAAAGGAGAUAUCUUUUUGUGAUAGAAGACUAGACUAGCUUUUUUUAUUGACGAUUCUUGUAUUCGCAUUUCGACGCGUGUCGCGUGACCGGGAUGACAAUAUUUUCAAUAGUAUUUUUGUCUUUAUUUCUUAUAUAAAAGUAAAUACAUAUGUAUGAUUUGUUCUCGUUUAGUGGAAAAAGAAGAAUUUAAUUGUCCUUUUCCAAGUUAAAGUGUAAUAAAAAAAACUGGGGAUUAAACAGUUGACAGUCCUCUUCUGUUUUCUUAUUCGUACUAUUAAAUAAAUUGUUUAUUUAUGUAGCUGUAGCUGUCUGGAGCAGUUAAAUUAAUAAAGAAAUAUGCUAAUUUCAA